GCUUCACAUCACCGAUCCAUAUAAAGUCGGGACUUACACUGUGAAACCUCGAGCUAUCAUCGGCGCCCCUUGUUCGGCAGCCACCACCACCAGCGUCACCCAUCAUGAAGCCCAUCGCCUUGAGCGCACUCUUCACCGCCGCGGCCGCCGUCGCCGUGCCGGGUGAACAUGAGUCCAAGCCAUCGCAGCCGUCCAGGCCGCGGAUUCCAACCUCGUACGAGUCUGCCGUCAUGGCGCGGCGCAUCCUCGCGCUCACUCCCCUCGGCACUCUGGCCACCAUCUUCCCGGCCGCCAACUCAUCUUCCAUCAUGACCGAAGAAGAAAAGAGAAACCCAAAGCUGCAGGAGAACCGACCCGCCGAGGUGGCCGGCAUGCCCCACGGUUUGAUGGAGUACAUUUCCGACUGCGAGUAUGCAACCAACGACGUCGGCAACCCGACGCUACUAGCCAUCAGCAUCGAGACCUCGUUCAAGAACAUUGCCGCCGGUAGCAAUGUUUCGUUGGCAGUGCAGUGGACCCCUCCUCCCCCUCCUCCUCCUCAUCAUCGUUGGCCUCCUCAUGGCCCUCCUCCACAUGGGCCCAAGAAGCCUCCUCAUGGCCCUCCUCCACAUGGGCCCAAGAAGCCUCCUCACCAUGGUGAUGAUGACCAUGAUGAGGACCACGACCACAAAAAACAUAAAGAUCACAAAGACCCUAAAGAUGAAAAGCACCACAAAGACAAAAAGCACAAAGACCACAAGAAGAAGCGCCCUCACCACCCUCCCCCUCCCCCUCCUCCUCCUCGCCGCCGCCGCCCUUUCUCCCCCGCUGCCCUCCCACGCUUCUCCCUCCUAGGCUACGUUGAAAAGAUCGAAGGCGGCGACGACCGCAGCCAGGAAGGUUCCAUCGGCGCGCAACUCGCCUCGUGCUUCACCAAGGUCCACCCGGACGCCAAGUGGUGGCUCCCGGGCAACCGGAUCCACGAGUCGCACUUUGUCCGGCUGGUGGUGACGCACGUGUACUGGAUUGGCGGGUUCGGCGAUCGCGCUUAUAUUGGCUGGAUCCCUGUUGAUGAGUGGAAGAGGGUGACAAAGGAGGAGUGGGAAGGGAUCAGGUUGCCGGGGGAGUGGGAGGGGCAUCACGGUAGACCUCAUCAUCCUCCUCCGAAGCAUGAGAAGCCUGAGGAUGGCGGUGAUGAGGGAAGUGACAGUGAUGGCGAGGAUGAGGGCGAGAAACAGCAGCAGCAGCAGCAGCAGCAAGCUGAGAAGGAAAAGGGGUGGGUGGUUGUUCAGGAUGGAAAGAAUGAAGGUUAUGGCGUGGAGGAGGAUCUCUAAGAUGGGUUGACGCAACUGAACAAUUUGGUGAACUGAAAGUACGUUUUACUAUUAUAAUUGAUACCAUGCUGGGAUGCAUGGUAGACGGGCGUGCGUUUUCUUGGAUAUCAUUUAUUUGCUCUAUAUCAUGCUUCUAUCCACGCCAGGCGUUCUGCGUGUACUACCAGCCUGUGCAUACCUACCCAACAGCUAGAAUAUUCAAUUUCGAGUUACAAUCUAAUGCCGGUUUGUUUG